CUCAGACGUGCAAAGCAGCGUAUAUUUAAAUGAGCAGUUAAUACUUUAUUUAAAUGAAAAAUUGUGUACGCAAUCGUACGGACAAAAAUUGUGUAUACAAAACGUAUGGAUAAGUUUUGGGACGUUUUAAAAACGCCAUGAAUUCUUUAAACUGAUGAAAGUAACUACAAGGGAUUACUUAUAAAGUUGAUAAUAUAUGAGACAAAUGUUAUGGAAAACAAACCUACUAUAACUUAUUCAAUAUCCAAUUCCAGUAAUGAAGGAUCAUUCCUUACACUUUCAACUCGUUUGACAGAGUCUUUGUCAAAGUUGAAAGUAGAGUGGAAAAGAACAUACGGACGUAGCAGUCAUGAGUUAUAUCUUAAUGUUAAGAUAGUUCCGCUCACUUCUGCCUUGCUCGAACAAAACGACUUGGUCACUAGGCCGUACUUUCAUAUAUUUUGGACAGACUGCAAUGAUGUUGAUUUGUAUCGCUCCUCGAUUCGAGAAGAAAUAUCUUCAUGGAUCAACCUCCUAAGCAGUCAUAAAGCAUCUGAGUGGAUCAUUGUCAUAGUAACAAGCGAUGUGCUUUCUAGACUCACGAAAGCAAAACUUCAACUUCCACGAACCUCUAUUGCUGAUAAAGUAAAGGCAGAGUUUUGCCCGAAAAAUCCUGAAAGACUACAAGUUUUAUUUGACCCUAUGCGCGAGUCGGCAAAAAGUGCUGAAUCAUGGUCAGCGUUAGGGACAAAGGUAGCCACCACGACUGUGCGUUGUAUGGAGACCAUUGUUUCAAAAUAUGAGGAUAAGGUUCGCUCAGAACGGGAACGAAGAAACGAAAAAACCUGGGAUUUUUGUUCCUACUUUAUACUACAGGAGGAGCUAGCUUUCAUGUAUGAAAUGUUAGGCAUGUGUGGUAACGCACUUGUACAAUAUGAUGAACUAGAUGCAAUGUUUACACAAUAUGUGCUGAAUGCCAACGCUGGGGAGGUAGCCCAUUGGUUGAGCAAAUUCAGUGAACCUAUUACGAGAUGGCAUUCCUUGUUACUAUGGAAACGUGUGGACAACAAAGCUAGGGAAGCGAUUCUUGGAGGUCAUGCCUCCCUUAUUGAGAUUCGUAACUAUCUGUUUACUCGCUUAUGCCACCUACUGUUCAAAAUGGGCAAAGUACGAGAAGUCACGCAGCGAAUGCAUUAUUUUCUACAUUCUAUUGUGACAGAAGUGGAAAUUUUAGAGAUCAACGUCCCACCAGGAGCAUUAGCAUGUUGGAUAUUUAUGUGUUGUUUGGAGCUAGUUGAUGCUCUGAAAGCAAAAAGUCAACAUUCAGAGGAAAAUUCAACUAAAAAAUCAAACUCUGACAUGAGCCAGGAAAAACUGGUGUUGGAAAAUGCAGGAUUAUGGAACUUAGCUAGAUUAAAGCUCUACUACCUGGGACAGUUAUGCGGGUUACUGCCAGGUGUGGUAACAUCAUCAGAUCAUCUUCAUAUGGUGGUGGACUUGUUAGGGGGAAUGGGAGAUGCAGAGGAGAGGGACCAAGGACAUCAAUCACCAUCCCUGGUCCUUCGGGAAGCUCUGUCAUCAAAGAGCAACUUCAAGAAACAUUACUUUGAACUCUCAGAGCUCGCUAUGGGGACUUAUAAACACAUGGGGCGCUACAGAGCAGCACGGAGUAUUGGAAGCGAUCUCGCUGAAUUUUAUUUGUUGGAAGGGGAGCCAUACAAGGCUGAAGGUUAUUUCCUUGAAACAGUAAACAUGUACCAGAAAGAUGGUUGGAAUAGCUUAUGUGCACAGUCUAAUAUGAGAUUAGCUGAAUGCUACAAAAAAAUGAUGAAUAUUAAGAAAUACCUUAAACUGUGCUACUCAUUAAUGUGCGAUAAUGCAUUAAGUGAAAAAAAGAAGAAAUUUUAUUCAGAUGAAUACAGAUCAUUAUCUACUGAUCUGGGGGACAAAACUUUAUCUUUAAAUUUAUGGCCCCUUGCUACUGUUACAUCAAUCCAGUUCAUACCAGCUCAAACUAGUUUUCGAAUCCAAACCACACAGGAAAUAGAACUGAGUAUCAUAUCCCAUGCCCCGAAACCUAUACUGUUUCAGAAGUUAGAAGUAACGUUAGAGCAUUCCAAACGACAGUUAUGUGAGGAUAAUAUAAGUGUUACAUCAACUGCCUCAAAGGUUUCAUUUGACAAUGAACCAGAUGGAACUGGAUUUUUCUCGCCUAGUUCCAAAAAACCUCUCUCUCAACCAACCAGUGCCCCAGUUUCCCCCGAACUUCGUAGAACCCGGCACCGUCGCCACCCAUCUUCGAGCAGUAGCAGAGAUCUCAUGACUCAGCAGAUUGGAGAGAUUGAUGACUCUGGAAAAAUUGAGCUUGUAAGUUUAAAUCCUGAUCCACAAACUACAACUCAAGUCAUCAAUCUUUCACUACAUGAUCAGACUGAGUAUACUAAAGACGGCGCCCUUUCGUGGUCAGGAAUCACUUGUCGGAGAUCACAUGACCUGCUACGACGGCAGGACAGCAGCCACUCACAAGCCAGCAAGUUGACGCCUGUCACGACAGUUGCCAUGGAAAGUUAUGACUUCUGUUUGGAGUCGCGACAAUUGACACUGGUGCCUGGAAAAAAUACAGUUAGAUUACGAUUAAAAACUGAUGCAGCUGGCACUUUCAAGCUGAUGCAGUUUCGCUUAAAUUUGCACAAAACUUAUUUUGUUUUACCACAUUUUUACCCAAUAAUAAACUACCACGUCACGAACACUAAACCUACUGUUGCUUUUGAACAAGAAAAAAGUUUAAUUUUUGGAGCAGUUCAAAACUUCACUGUGAGAUUAACCAUGGGCGACUAUGACAUCAUAGAAGCGGAUUGUUUAAAACCAUUAGCUGUUACAACACCACCAAGUGUCCAGUUACUGAGCAUUAUAACAUGCACUGUCCAAGAAAAAGAUUACGAAAUUCAAAAUGUCACCCCAUGCCCAAAACUUGUGCUCGACAGCGAGAAUUUCCUUCUUCCAAUCCCUAUAGCUACUGCCCAGUCAAUUGUAACGUACCACAUAUCUUGUAUCUGCCAUGUAGACCCAAUUACCUUUACUCUUGACUGCAAGAAGACCCACCGUCGUACCCACAGUGCCCCCCCAGUAACGAUAUCCAGGUCCCCUAAAUCUGCCCCAAGACACCAAACAAUCUUAGAACUGCCUUCCCCUACAGCAGAAAACCACUAUGACAUCACAACAGAACAAACAGACAGUAUCUGUGACAUCACAACACAAAAACCUGUCACUCUAAACGGUUCAAGCGAAAACGAAAAACACGAAAACCAAAAAAACGCGAAUAACAUUCACCAAAAUGGCAAUAUUACACUUUUAGACCCUGGGGUAAAAGAAAAUUCCUCUAAAACCCCUGAAAUAACCACCCCAAAGCCUCGCUUAUCAUUACGUAGUCCUUUUUCACGACGCAAAAAGAAAACUCCCGAGCCAGACUUGAAACCAGCGGAAAAAAUGGAAUCUGAAAAUGACAUUACAAUAACGCCAUCUUUUCGUAUUAAUGGAGACUUAAUAGAGGUUACCCUUGAUGACGACUCUGCUGCCUCUAGUGAGGGGUUUGUUACUUUACCGAGUAUAACGGACGUAAAGUUGGGAACACCGUAUGAAUCUAUGGAAUCUGAAAGCUCCGGUUCAAAUUCUGACCUGGAGCUUGAUAGAAAACCACCUUUACCAAAUAAGAAGCUAAUCCGUCACUUUCCUUCCAAAUCUGAUGCGGGUGUUGUGCAACUACAUCAUAAUUCCAACCACAAUAGGGAAGCAACGAGAUACAUUACGACACGCACGUUCGACGUAACUUUACCAUGGAAAGAAGUUCCACCCAAAAAUUUAUCGUUACAUUUCGUUCGUUGUUUGGAGUUCACUCACGCCUGGCAUUUCUUCGCCAAUGAAAAUCGAAUGCUGUCAGUCACUGUUGAUAAUGUGACAUCACAAACAAUAUUAUUACGAGACGCUCGAUUACGAUUUGUCAACGCAAGUCACAUGGGUGUGGUGCAAGUCUCCUCUUCAUCGGAAAAAAAAAUUAAACCAAACAGUAACAUAGUAUAUUGUUGGCGUGUGUCUACUACCAAAUCCAUGCCCUUGCGAUUACAUGCGCAGUUUGAUAUUGACGUUGUUUCACAAGAUAUUACGAAUCAAGUUAUUACAUCUACUGCAACUUAUAAGUUUGAGUUAGAAAAUAUACAGCCAGUUUACAAUGUAACUUGCAUCACUGGUAACGGUUCUUUACGUAGCGGGGAAAUGACGUCAUUACGUAUUGACGUACGUCGUGUACGUGUUGAUUCGGAACAUGAAACGACAAAAAACGGACAACAGCUUCUUAUGUUUCAAGUUGUUGACAACCGAGGUCGUUGGGCAGUUUGUGGUAAAAGCAGUGGUGUCAUUAGCCUUCCCACUUCCAAUGCAAUUCAUUGCGAAAACCAAGUUGAAGCCAUGGGUUCGGCAACACUGGAAGUAAUGCCUCUUAUAUCAGGAAACUUACAUUUGCCGUUUGUGAUUCUUAAUCGUUACAUGAAACGACGGUCAAGCGAAUUUGACGAAAGAUUGAGCAGCACUGACAGCCCUGUACUUAAACCACCUCGACUACGACCGUUUGAACAGGGUGAGGUACUGUAUCUUGAUCAGGCGCGUCAGGUGCGGGUAUUUCCCCAUGAUUACGUCAUCGACGAGAAGCGCGUCACUCAGCUGUGACGUCACGUUUUGAUGACGUCAUAGGACGAUGUUUUUACGAGUUGCAGCAUUGCGUAGUUAGUUUUAUUUUAUAUGGGUUGUCCCCGGUUGUCUGGUUACGUCACACCGUGACGUCACAUGAUUAUUUAAUUCUACUUUAUCAAGAUCAAAAUUUGUUUUUUUUUUAUUAAAUUAAUUUAAAAUUUUGUUUUUUAAGUGUAUGCCUUCGGUUACGUUAAGUUCGUGCGUAGUUUUACAUAACGUAACUCUGCCAGGAUUUUGUUACGUAUAUGUUACUACCAAUUAAAGUGCAAUUAGGGAUUUAUAGCCCUGUGGUUCGUGCAAACUUAGUAUACACACAUGCAUGCGUAUAGUUGUUCAAUGCGUCAAAAUAGUGUCGAUAUUUUUUUCGCGGCAAUGUCAUAUUUUAAUGCCAUUUAUCUUUCAAAGACGGUCUGCCAUUUUGGGAUUUUUUGUCCACAUACGGUUAAAAUAUGUUUAUUAAUGUUCAAUUUUUUUCCUUGUGAUACAGUUUCAUAACCUGUACGUUUUCUUUUAAAAAAAAGGAUCUUUUUCUGUCGUUUUUUUCACCAUUUUUUUACUCUUACUUGCAAAAAAACGGCGUCUUUGCGUAUUUUGCGUUAAAUUAUGUCCAAGUAUUUAUUAUUACACAUUUCUAACAAGGUUA